GCGUCCAAUCGCGUUGGUGGUGUUGCCUUCGCGGCUUGUGCAAAUUUCUUACAAAAAAUAAAAAGUAAAAAUUUCAAUAUCGCAGCGGUUUUGAUAAAAGUUGAAAAAUUCAAAUUUUAAGCUCUCCUUAUUGCUAUUUGCAUUUUUUUUGGCUAAACCACCCAUUGAAGUGAACUCACAAGAGAACUAUAAAGUGAAGUUUUUGAGCGAUAGCGUAUGUUAGUAUUUGUGUGUGGCGGCGCGCGUGUGCCUGUGUGUGUAUGAUUUAAAAAUAAAACGGCAAAUACAUAUCAAAAUAUUAAACGCAAAGAAACAGACGAAAAGAAAAAAGGUCUCUGCUCUGCUCGCGUGUGUGCUGAGCACUUGUGCGCGUCUCUGUCUGUGUUUGUGUUUUCGUGUGUGUGUGUGUCUUUUGUGCAUAUGUGUGUGUGUUGUGCGGCCAUCGCAAGCGAUACCAAUACCAACAACAUAUGAACACAUACGUUCCAUGCGUGUUUACACCUUUUGAGCUGUUUGUGUAUUAAAAGUUUUCUUAUCAAUCAAAACAAUUCAUACCUAACACAUUCGGUUUGUGCGUUGGCAUUUUAUGGACGAAUCAAACUUGCGAUUCGCUUGUGGAAGUCAGCAGCUGGACCUUGGGGCCAGGUCAACGCCGACGCCACCAUCAAGCAGCUAAUAACGAGCCUAACACCUAAGAACCAAAUCAAACCAAUAACACAAAACAUACAACAAACAAGCGAAACUGCAAAACUGAAUCCUUGUCACAUAUAUUUGCAUCCUGUUGUUGCACACAGCAAAUGCAACACGCAUCGCUCACAUCCCACAUACAUAUUCAUCCAAAAACAAAGACAAAAACCAAAAGCAAAAGCAAAAAGCAAAUCACAUGAGCAGCAUGAGUCUGUGGAAGCGCAUCUCGAGCCAUGCCGACUGUGAGCAGCGCAUGGCUGCUUACUACAAUAAGAAGGGUCUCUACGACCUGCGCCUCUGUUUGGCGCCUUGGAUCGAAGACCGAAUAAUGUCUGAGCAGAUUACACCCAAUUCAACAGAUCAAUUGGAGCAAGUGGCGCGCCGAUUUAACGAGGAUCUGCAACAGAAACUGCUAUCGACACGUGCCAGCGAUCAGGCGCUUAAAUAUCGACUGGUUGAACUCUGUGCGUUGAUACAACGCACGCCCGCCCUCGAGCUCUACACGCAUCUGCGCAGCGGCCUGCAAAAGGAGUUGCAGCUAGCCACCGAGAAGAGCGUUGCCGUUGCCGCCGCGGGCCAAUCGAUGCCGCAGAAUCAUUACAAUAUGAAUAAUCCUGUCGGUAUGAAUGGCAGCUACAUGGACACCGGCGAUAUGUUCGGUGUCCCUGUCCCCGGCACCUCGCCCGUCAAUGUCGGCAUGUCCACGAACGUUAUGCAUAAUGCUCCAGGCAAUGCAACGCCCGCUUUAAUGGGCAUGGUGCCGGCAAAGGUGGAACUUUAUGAUGUCCAUCAUCGCAUUGUGCAGGGCUUCAACGAUUUCUCCGCCUGCUCCGAGCAAUUGCAGGGGCUGAAGCGCAGCUUUACAUAUAUUUACAAUGCGAAUAAUGCACCCGAUGCUGAGGCAAUGUACAAGCGUUUAAUCGAGGAGAAGGCAAACGUUGUGUUACGACUGCGUCGCAGCUAUUUGUAUUAUGAGGGACUGCACGAUUUGGUCCUGAUGGAGCUGAAGAACUGGCGUCGCCAACAGGCAUUGGCCGGCAAUGGAGCACAAUUCAGCGAGAAUAUGCUCGAUGAUAUCCAGCGUUGCUUUGAAAUGCUCGAAACCUUUGUCACCCAUCUGCUGGCCGCUGUGCUCGAAGCACUUAGCCUGCAAAUAAUGAAAGAUGAUUCCGACUUGACGGGGCUGCGGGAACAGAUUCAGAUCUCCCAAAAGAAUCUGGUGUGCUCCGCCUUUAUUGUGGACAAACAGCCGCCACAGGUGAUGAAGACAAACACACGCUUUGCAGCCUCAGUGCGUUGGCUACUCGGCUCUCAGCUGGGCAUACACAUAAAUGCGCCGACAGUCGAGUGCAUCAUAAUGUCAGAAUUGCAAUCGCAACGUUUUGUAAGCCGAGGUACACACGCGGAUGUCACAACCGGCAGCCUGGCAGGACAGUCAUCGGGUGAAAUACAGAAUUGCUCCAGCACCAUGGAGUAUCAGCAGAGCAAUCAAGUGUUCUCCGCCAGCUUUAGAAAUAUGCAGCUUAAGAAAAUCAAGCGUGCCGAAAAGAAGGGCACCGAAAGCGUCAUGGACGAGAAAUUCGCAUUGUUAUUUUAUGCCACAGCCACAGUGAAUAAUUACCAGAUACGCGUCUGGACACUGUCGCUGCCCGUGGUUGUCAUUGUGCAUGGCAAUCAGGAGCCACAAUCUUGGGCCACAAUUACUUGGGAUAAUGCGUUUGCCGAUAUUGUGCGUGAUCCGUUUGUUGUCACCGAUCGCGUUACCUGGUGUCAAUUAUCCGUGGCACUCAACACCAAAUUCGGCUCCUGCACACAGCGCGCUCUAACCGCGGAGAAUUUGGAGUUCUUAUAUGAGAAGCUACAGCGUGAUAGCAGCAUUGCCGGUGAGCGCAAUGAGUAUAUAUCGUGGAAUCAGUUCUGCAAGGAACCCCUCCCAGAGCGUACUUUCACCUUCUGGGAAUGGUUCUUUGCCAUCAUGAAGCUGACCAAAGAUCACCUGCUCUCCAUGUGGAAGGCGGGACGUAUUACAGGCUUCAUCAACAAGGUUAAGGCACAGGAUGAUCUCAUGCGUGCCACCACUGGCAUUGGCACUUUUUUGCUGCGCUUCUCCGACAGUGAGUUGGGUGGCGUCACCAUUGCAUAUGUGAAUGAGAGUGGUUUGGUAACGAUGCUGUCGCCAUGGACAGCACGUGAUUUCCAAAUACUCAAUCUUGCUGAUCGUAUUCGUGAUCUGGAAAUGCUGCGCUGCCUGCAUCCAACUGACGUCAAUGUCCAACCAUUGGAUCGUGAUCUCGCCUUUGGCGACUUUUAUACGCAGCGUCCUGAACCAACGCCCCGCGGUGAUGGCUAUGUGCCCAGCACGAUACGUGUGCAGGUGCGUACCAGUGGGGAUACGUGCUCCAUCAGUGGCACACCUCAUCAUCCAAUGCAGUCACCGCCCCAGGAUAGCAUGUCGAUGGGAAAUUAUUCACCACGUAGUGGCAUCAUGGUUGAUAAUGUACCAAGCGUCGCUACCACAUUCUAUAAUAUGGACGAUUCUGAUUCCGAUGAUAGCAUUGUGGCGCGUGCGCUUGAGAGUUAUGUGAACAGUACAACGCCCGAUGAUCCAGUUGUGGCUCAGAUAUCCGAUAUUGUCAAAUACAAUGGGUACGACAAUGGGCAGACGGCAACGUGGACGACGCCCAAUAGACAAAAUUAUUCAGUGCCAUCAAGCUUUAAUCAAAUGGUCCCCUAUUAAACACAACACAAGUUCAUUUGUGGGCACAAGCGCUUAGGUUGUGCUACUUACCGCAAGUGGUAGUGAUUUUGCAAUGGCGGACUUUGAUACGAUGCAGAACUUUGAUGUAUAUAAUAGAAUAAUAUAAACAUACAUAUAUAUAUUUAUAUAUUAGAAAUAUAUAUAGAGAUGUAUAAUGAAAUCACGUCAAAUGUUAUAUAAACGAAAUCCUAUAAAUAUUUUCAAGAAUUGCCGCUAUUAUCGACGUCCAUUAGAUGUUUACUCUAUACACACACCCUUCAAUUUACACCGAUCGGGACCUUCGACAUUGUAUCGAACGCUAUACCGACUAAAACCAAAAACAAAAAAAAGAAAACAAAAACAACAUUUAAACAAUACAAAUGAAUGCUUUGAAAAGUUAUUUUCACAUAUAUUUGGAAUUUACAUCGUUGUGGCAUGCGUUUUAAUUUUUGCAUUUGUGAAACGCCAAAAGAACCAACUAAACGACAAGAGCAAUGCAUGCAAAUUGCUGCACUUCAACACCCACACAAUAAAACACCAACAACAGCUACAGCUACACACAACAGACAUACCCAGAACAUGAUGUUAUGUUUCCCAAGUCUACAAAUUAAUUAUUAUUAUUUUUUUUAUUAUUUUAAAUUGUAUGGAAAAUUAGCAUGUCUCUGCAUGUUUGUAAUAUUUCUUCUUCUGUGUAUCAAGAUAAUACUACUUAUACGAAAAAACAUUUAAAGGAUUAAGAGAUAUGCGUGGAUUUUAGUUAGUUUAAAGCCUAAAUUUGUUGAAUCUAAAAUUGUGAGUUUUAUCUUAAUUUUAAAGAAUUAUUUUACGUUUAGAUUAUUUUUAGAUGCGUAGUCGCAAACACACACAAAACGCGGUGCGCUACAAAAUUAGUUAUACUUUUCGAGUGUACGUAUUAAUAAUGCUACAUAUUUGUAUAUCUAUAUUUGCUUUAUGUAAAAACCGUUUCACUGGCUUCCAUGCUGAAAAUGCAGAAAAAUAUUCAUGAUUGUACUAUAUUUAAUUUUUGUUUGAACGAGGACAACGUGUGCAUUGCAUUACAAAUGCGUCAAAAGUAAAUAAAUAAAAGUGUUGGGUUUGUUAUCUGCCAGGAUGCAAAAGCACAAUAAAGAGAAGAGAAAACACAAUAUAUACAAAAAGAAUGUUAAUAAAGAGAUGAGUCGUAAAUUUUACUAUUUUUUUGUGUAUAUUCCUAAGCUUUGAACGUGAAAUGUAAGAAUUUUAUAACACUUAAGUACCCAAAAUUAAUCAAUAAAUACGAUAUACAUAUAAUAUACAUAUAUACACAAAUAUAUAAUAAAGUUAAUUACACAUUUUUUGUGCAGCUGUCAAAGCAAAUUCAAUUUGAUCAACGACAAACAAAUUCAUUAUGUGUGUUCGUGUUGAACGUAAAGUUUUCUAUUUUUAAAUGUUUCAAUGUAAAAACCUAAUGCACACAUUCCCAACGAUUACAAAGUAGUAAACCAAACUCUGAUAAUUGGGAAAAUAUUUGAAAAUGUGCACAUUAAAUGAUUUAAAUGGAGUUUUUUUAAUGUAAGCAAUAUUACGAAUUGAAAGAACUAAAUAAUGAACUAUUCUUGUCAAAAUGGCCAAUAAAGAUUUGAUUUUAAACAUUAA